GAGUGGAGCUUUACCUGCUGGACUGCUGCUUGUCAAGGAGUACGCCCAGUGGGGAAAGGAGGCAGCCUUUUCUCUUCUGGGGCUAAACGGCUGGCUUAAAGGGAAAGGAGGCAGGGGCAGCCGCUUGACAAGCCGGAGUUCAGCAGGUGAAGCUUCCUCCCAUUGCUUUAUUCUAAUGCCAGGGAACCGACUUAUAGGCUCGGGGGUUUGAAAAAGCCUCUGUGACAACAACACUUGUGUUGUUGCAGGAGUGACAACUCUCCAGAGCAGAGGAGGAAAAGUGGGCGGUGUGUCUGGAAGGUGUCUGCUGUGAGGGGUGGGGAGGCACCGAGUGUUUGGGGAGCAGAACCGAUCUGGGUGUCCCAGUGACCAGGAGUCCGGUGCGGAAGUGCUUGGGGAGAGCUGCAAGAGGCAUUCUGCUUCUGUGGGGUGCUGGAUGUCCUGGGAUGUUUGUGGGAGGGAGGGCAGGACCCAUGAGCAGGAAUGGGCAGAGUCGCACCUGAGUCUGCUGGAGGAGGCUUCUUCCGGUGGCAGCAAGGUGGCCAUGGGUGUAAAGGUCGCUGGAGGAUAGAAAGUAACCCCAGAAAGCUGAGUUGUCGGAAGGAAUAACGCAUUUACUGCUGUCCACUUGGAAUACACGCUAUGAACCCUUUCUGGAGCAUGUCCACAAGUGCCACACGCAAGCGACCUGAAACAGAAGAAAAGCCUCUGACUGGCGAGCUGAAGAACAGUCCUCCACGCACCGCUCCGAAAAAGCAGCUGCCUCCUAUUCCCAAGAAUGCUGUGCCCAUGACCAAGCCAGCCUCUCCUGCCCUCUCUGCCCAGUCCGCGAACGGAACGCACGCCUCCUAUGGGCCUUUCUACUUGGAGUAUUCCCUUCUGGCAGAAUUUACGUUGGUGGUGAAACAGAAGUUACCUGGUGUCUAUGUGCAACCUUCUUACCAGUCAGCAUUAAUGUGGUUUGGGGUAAUAUUCAUCCGGCAUGGACUGUACCAGGACGGCGUGUUUAAAUUUACAGUAUACAUUCCUGACAACUACCCAGAUGGUGACUGCCCCCGCUUGGUUUUCGAUCUGCCCGUCUUCCACCCACUCGUAGAUCCCGUCUCAGGUGAACUGGAUGUGAAGAGAGCAUUUGCCAAGUGGAGGCGGAACCAUAACCACAUAUGGCAAAUCCUGAUGUAUGCGCGCAGGGUCUUCUACAAGAUUGACACGGCCUCUCCUCCGAAUCCUGAAGCCGCUGUGCUGUAUGAAAAGGAUAUCCAGCUUUUCAAGAGUAAGGUGGUAGACAGUGUCAAGCUAUGCAGCAGCCACCUAUUUGAUCCCCCCAAGAUCGAAGAUCCUUAUGCAAUUAGUUUUUCACCUUGGAAUCCGGCUAUACAUGACGAAGCUAGAGAGAAGAUGUUGACCCAGAAGAAGAAGGCAGAGGAUCAACAGUGCAAAAGCGCGCAAGUGUCUGGCCUGUCAUGGGUGAAGCCUGGGUCAGUUCAGCCUUUCAGCAAAGAGGAAAAGACUCUGCCCACUUAACUCCUGCAGACAGCAAAGCACUCAACGCUUUCUGCAGGAAGAGGGAAUGGAAUGGAGAACCGAACGGCAAAGCGACGGUUUUCCUGCUCGACUUUGGAUUAGUAAAGAGUAAAUGCUAGCAGUGACUCAAACCAGCUCCAUGGAUUGCUCGGACUCUUCUUGAUGUUUUGACACACGCAUUGUUUUAAUUGCAGCCCGCCGGUUGGAAGUGGCUCUUGACAUGGCUGGACUUCUGUUAGCAAAGUCCACCCAGGGCAGGUAAAACCUCGGGCUGCUAAUCCAGCUGCGGGCUCUUAAGUGGGUUACGUUUUAAGCUUUUAAAAACAUUUCCUUAUGGGGCUAGCAUUUUUUUAAAAUGUAAAGAGCAGACAGGGAAAAUUUCAUCGCCGAGGGCAUCUGUGUUUAUGUAAACUAAUAUAGCAGAGUAAAAUACUAUAUUUAAAACUUUUAAAUGCAUUGGUUUGUAUUGUAAAUACUUUAGGAUAUGGAAUUUGUAAAUAGUUGGUUCAGAUUUCUUCUAGCCCGUCUAGGGGCAGCAAAGCUGCGAUUGGCAUGUAUGAUGAUGUGCAUCUAACUUUCCCAAUAGAUGUUGUCGCUAUGAGCUGCUUCUAAGAGAACUUCCUCCACCAUCUUUAGGCCUACAGUCUAAUUGCCUGCAAAUCUCAUACGAGGAAGAAGUUAAACUGGUGUCACAAUUGGCAACACCCCCCCAAGAUUGUCAAGAGUACACAUGUUGUAACCUCUUCUUCAUGAUGUUUGCACGCAUCUUAAAACCGCAGUCUCGGGAUGUGUUAAGUUCUCUUAGAGGCAGCCUUAAAACGCACAUUAGUCAGGAAGGCAGAGGAAGAACAGAGUGUGUUAUCAGGCUCUUUGACUUAGAACAAAUAUCAAGCUCUUAGUGGUGUAGUUCUUGGUUUAAUAAAACUCAAGGGGAUCUUGGGUAGGUUUCCUCAUAGCUGGCUGUCAGACUAAUGUGUAUUAAUAGUGGCAUCUUAAAAAAAAAAUAAAGACCAAUCAUGGUAAA